GUAAAAUCGACGGAGGGGAGACAGUCCACAGCAGAGAGAAAGAACCUCUGGUCCACAGUGCUCGUCUUGUCUAAUAGCGAGCAGGAUGACAACAGCAGCACACAUCCUUCAAGCAAUGAUCUCUGAGCAUCCGUCAUUCCACCGCUAUCGCACAAUCGUUACGUCUGAGGGACAUUUGCAGAUAGCAACUCUACCGUUUGAUUAUUGCAGCUAGCCCAGAUCUGUGAGUGUCCAGUCCAGUCCAGUUAUCAUACCCGUUAGCACCAGCUGUCAGCAGUAAUCGGGUCAAUAAAAGUCAAUUUCGCCACUGUGUUGCUCCGACGGACUUGGCACUGGUUUUGAAGUUUGGCUCGCAAAAACCCCGAUCAACAUGAACGUGUUAUUCUGGGACCAUUUACAAGCCGGGAGUUCCGAAGUGGACUGGUGCGAGGGCAACUACAUGAUUUACCCUGGAAUAGCGGAGUUCUACAACACGAUCAGCAACGUUCUAUUUUUCAUCCUGCCUCCCAUUCUGAUGUGCCUCUUCCGUCAGUAUGCCGAACACUUCAACAGCGGGAUCUAUCUCAUCUGGACUCUGCUGGUUGUGGUCGGUAUUGGGUCCACUUAUUUCCACGCCACGCUGAGCUUCCUGGGCCAGAUGCUGGAUGAGUUGGCCAUCCUGUGGGUGCUGAUGUGUGCCAUUGGCAUGUGGUUCCCCAAAAGAUACCUGCCCAAAAUGUUCCGCAGGGACAGGUCCAGGUUUAAGGUGGUCGUUGCCAUCCUGUCCGGUAUCACCACCUGCUUGGCCUUCGUGAAGCCGGCCAUCAACUCCAUCUCUCUCAUGAGUCUCGGCAUCCCCUGCACUGCCCUGCUCAUCACGGAGCUGAAGAGGUGUGAGAACCUGCGUGUGUUUAAGCUGGGCCUGCUGUCUGGUCUCUGGUGGAUGUUGGCUCUUGCCUGCUGGGUGAGCGAUCGCAUUUUCUGCGAGAUGUGGUCCUCCGUCAACUUCCCCUACCUGCACUGCGCCUGGCACAUCCUGAUCUGCCUGGCGUCCUACCUGGGCUGCGUGUGCUUCGCCUAUUUCGACGCGGCGUCGGAGGCUCCGGAGCAGGGGCCCGUGAUCAAGUUCUGGCCCAGCGAGAAGUGGGCCUUCAUCGGGGUGCCCUACGUCACCCUGCUCUGCGUACACAAGAAGUCCUCCAUCAAGGUCACCUAGGCUGGAUCGAGGUCACCUAAGACUGGUCCUGGUCCACUUUCCAACUUGCCCUUCAUCAGGGACAUUUAUACUGAGCUUGACUGGGUCUGCAUGGUCUGGUUUUCAGUUGUAACCAUUUGCCGUCAUCAAGGACAUUUUGGCUUUAUUUGGUGGGGCUGGUUUGGUCCGGUCCCAUUUGCCCUGGCCCAGGACAUUUAAGAAGUUUUCGAACUUGGUUGGAUUUGAUUACAGUAGGUUUGGUUGGACUAGGUUCGGACCUGUCUGAUCCGGUCUGAUCCGGUCCCGUCUGUCACUCUCCUUGGUAGUUUCAUUUUGACAGCACCCAUGCCUGUCCCGUGCCCUCCACUGAGUCAGGUCCCGACUCACUCUCUCUCUCUCUCUCACUUUCUCUCUCUCUCCCUCACUUCCUCGCUCUCAUUCACUCACUCACUUUACUUAGACAAAACAGAGGGUUGUGGGUUCAAGGCCUACAAUAUUUAGUGUUAAACUUCAUAAUGUGCCAUAGGGCCAUAGUGGCAAGGUUUGAGUUGAGGUCUGCCUCUGUUGUGUACUCUGCUCACUGCCAUCCCCUGGCCAUAUUCAGGGUCCUACUCUGUAUCUCUUACUGACUUUACUUAGUGGCCAUAAGGGGUUGGCUCAAGGUUUAACAUUUUAGAGUAGAACAUAACUGAGGCAACAGUGGGGAUGAGGAUAUUUGCCUUUGCCUCUCCACUGAGGUCACUGCCAACCUCCCGGACCCCCCUUGUUGGAGCCAAAUUUAGUUUCCUUAGUCUCGACUUUUACUUUGGUUGACACUUGCUGACCUUGGGCUAUGGACUUUUAUUUUAACACAGCCUUUGGUCACAUGGCCAAGUAGAGAUAGCUUUUCUCCCCAUCGGUCUCAAAGGACAAAGGAAAACUAGUAAAAGUAAUUUUGGGUUUUCACUUUCUCAUUAAAGCUGGCACAAGACCCUACUGACCAUUUAGAGCGUUUUUGCCACGAUUUGAACGUACUGAUUAGUCUGAGGUAGUUGGCAGAAGUCGAGGUGUGGUUGCUGUGGAGCGGUUGAUAUCGACGUUGCAGCGUUAUGUUUAUGGUCACGACUGACUCAAAAUCGCAACAGAUCCCAUCAGUUAGGUGUGGCACGUUCAGUCUCCCUCUAAUGGCUGAGGACUGAAGAAAUCGGUAGAUCUUUGGCCAGCUUUACUCAGCUUUACUUUACUCAACACAGGGUUUUUGGGUCAAGGUGUAAUAUUUUACCAUAGAAGAUAAGAAGGGACGACUCAUGAGAAAUGAGGUACCCAGGGCUGGUCUGGGACCAACAAAGAAAGGCCCAGGCAUUUUAACACAGCCCACUGAUGAAUUUAUCAACUUAAUUAUGGGCCUGUCUCUACGAAAAUACAAAAAAUCCAACAGCAUCGGCCCCUGAGGACUGUUGGCCCACCUGGGAAAUGCCGUACUUACCAGAGUGCUAGUUCAGGCCUGGGGUCACUAUGACAAUAUAUAUAAGACCAGUUAACGCCUCUGUGCUUUGACUGGAUGGUCCCCAGGUUUACUGCCCUCAUCUAGGGAAUCAAGGGGUUAAAGGGCACUUAAAUUAAACAAGCUAACAAAUCAACUAACAAGCGAUACAAGUGUGUGUGCGUGUGUGUGUGCGUAUGCGUGUGUGUGUGUUGCCGUACUGCUGCUGCAGUGUUGCUUCUUUUUUUUACUGUCGUCAUGACAACUCGACUACCUUUCCAACGGGACCAAAACUCACAAGUCAGCGUCUGGCUGUGAAUGUGUGUGAAACGUUCACUUGUUCACUAUAUGGUUUACCCUGGGAAGGAUUAAUCAAGUGCUCCAGGGCAAAAAAAAAACCCAUAAAAACCAUAGACAUGUAUACAUAGACAACGCAUUGGCUUAUAGAUGGAUAGGGUGGCCAUAAUGGAAUAGCACUUUGUAUUGAAGAUAAACUAUGGGGUUUGUUUUUAACGGGACUCAGCUGGACAAUGCUCCUUUCAAAAGGUUGGAAAUUCCUGGCUGGGUCAAAGAUGGCGUCAAUUUACUGCCUGUUCCAAGAUGGUGGUGCUUUUAUGCACAUUCCCAGAAGUCGACGCGGCAUUUAUGUAUUUAUGUCUGAGUACAAGUCGAUGUCUCUCCUCCAGACAUAUCCUCCGUCUGCUUGCCUUGUUCUCGCCCCUUCUCCUGUCGAGGAAGUUUUUGAAAGACAUUGAAUAAAAGCAUAUAGUGUUCAGAUGUCUUCGAUGAUGUCUGACAUUGAGCCUUGAGACACAAUGCUGUACACCAGAGCAAAUGGCGGGAGGAACGACAUUGAUUUUCACUCAAUACAUACCUGUACAUGUCUACAACCAGAGGCACCUCUGAGCCAAAUCAGCCGAGGCCCUCCUACAGAGAGUCGCACAAUGAUGAUGUCACUGUUUAUGAUGUCACUGGGAAUAAUAAUAACACGGUCAUUGUGCAGCUCCUCAAUUCAGCUACAGGGUUUUUUGUUUGUAAUUUACUCCAUGUAUUUCAUCUGGGGAAGAGAGGUAGCAAUAUUAUACUCAAGGUCUUGUCAAAAUGGGGACUUUUCUAACUAGCCGUCAAGCUGUGUAUAACAAACUCGGCCUACAUUCUAAUGAAGGACCAAGUGAGAUACAGAUUUUUUUGCAGAGCAGCAACUUUUCACUCGUGGUUUUUUUUUUUUUUUUCAAACAUGCAGUUACUGUAGUUUGCUUACCAGUUAUUUAAUCAAAGAAACAUUCCAAUAAUGCACAGGAAAUGCACAACAGCUUUUUUUACCGUUUCGUCAAAUAGAACUCAAAUGGAAACCUUGUUGAAAUAAGCAGACGUCUUUGGACACGGUGGCCAUUUUUUUCUGCGUCUGUCUCUCUGACAGAUGGCCACUUUUCCGCAGACGUGCGUACGUACAUUGAGCACUUUGAAUCAGUAUUCUCCUCUCUUUCCCUGUCUCCUCAUGUUAUUUUCAUCUCCUCUCCUCUGCCUCGAAUCUUCUUUUGUCUCCUUUUCUCUACUUCUCUUCUUAUUUCCUCUCCCAUGCUCUUCUCCCUCCUCUCAUAUAUUGUCCUCUCUCUCUCUCUCUCUCUCUCUCUCUCUCUCUCUCUCUCUCUCUCUCUCUCUCUCUCUCUCUAUCUCUUUCUGUCUCUUCUAUUGUCCACCUUUUCUAUCUCUCCUCUAUUGCCCUUUCUCUCCCUGCCCUCCUCUAUUAUCCUUUUAUCUUUCUCUCUUUUUCUCUUCAUCUUCUUGUCAUUGUCCACUUCCCUCUUUUCUCUCCCUCCUCUCCUCCACUUUCUUCCCUCCUCUCUCUUCCUCCUGUCCUCUUCAUCUCCUGCCAAUGGCAGGGUGAAAUUUGGGAUGUUUAAUGUGGGCGUCACAAACGCUCUUAAAUCCUCCCACUACGAUCAGUGUUUCAGUGUGUACAGAAUAUUGCUAUUUUACUAUAUAUAAAUAUAUAUAUCAAGUAUGUUUAACAUAUAAGUAUGGUUAACAUAUAACCUUGAGCCAUUUUUUGUUGUUUGUUUGUUAUUUAUGUUUUUUCCCCUCCUAAAUAUUUCAAUAAGUGACACUGUGGAAUGGUGUAGAUCUGUGUGCCAUUGAAAAAGGGAGACGGAGGUUUUACCCUUUCUUUCUUUCUUUCUUUCUUUCUUUCUUUCUUUCUUUCUUUCUUUCUUUCUUUCUUUCUUUCUUUCUUUCUUUCUUUCUUUCUCUCUUUCUUUCUUUAUUGCGUUUCUUGUGAAGUUUUGGUGUGUGGGUCAGUAUUGUAAAAUCAUGUAUUCAUCAUGAAGUGCUCGUUUGCAUGGACUGUAAAUGCUAAUGCCAAUGGAAUGUCAAUUGAAACUCUUAAAGGAUCAUGUAACCAAGGUUGUUUGUUUGAUCUAGUUGGCAUAAUCUCUCUAAAUUGUGGUUAAGAGACAGCCAGCCUAACCAAGUGUGUUUUGCUAGAGCAAAGGAUUCCAGAAUCUGAAUUUUGCCUCCGGAACUCCACAACAAAGGGUUUUUUUUUCCAAUUCUUCUUUUGUGUUAAGUUCAGUGUUUAAAUCAAUCGCCCCACAGGUAGAUUUGCCAAUCGGGUUAACUCUGAAGUCUGAAGUGUUUGGGAUAUUGAAGGAGACCCAUUGAAGGAUAGAUUUUUUUAUUAUGUUGUUUAUUCGGAGCCAGUAAAAGUGAAGUGGGUCCUAAAUGAAGGUUGUGAGUUUCUUCUUUCCUCUGGUCUCCUCUCUCCAAUGCUGUCUGCUACCAAGACAGCCACAGCCAGCACCGGAGCUCACUGCACACAAAAAAUACUAUUUAUUUUCCUAUUUUUAAACCAGUAAAGUGUUUUUGUAGAUGAAUGAAUAACAUGAUGUUUGUAAUCCAAAAACAAUGAUAAUGCAUUUCUCCUGAGUAAAGUGUAUUUUUACAUUUCAUUGUAUGUAUUAAAUAUGACCUGUAUUUCA